AGCACAGGCAGGCUCUGAACUCCUAGAGUGUGACGGGAGAGACGAGAGGAGAGGAGAAGAGAAGAAACAGAGCUGUGGGAAACGGACAGGCGCGCACAGGCACACUCUUACACUCACGCACACACACACAAACACACACACACAUUCUCUCACUCGCGCAGACGCUCGCACACACUCACUCACCCACCUGCAGGACUUCCUCCAAAACUUGACCUCCGGACCCCCCCCUCCCCCCCUUCUUCGGCUGGGCUCUGCUCGAGGGACUCUACCUGACCUGAGACUCCUUCUGCCCCUCACACCCGCUCCGCAUCCUCCUCGCCCAGGCAACACCUCCACCCACCCCGUGUGUGUCUCUCUCUUCUUCACGCGGGUGACCCAAACCCGACGGGGGAUGGCACGGGCCUCCUCCACCCUCCUGGCCCUGGGCUGUGCCCUCCUGGCGGUGGUGCUGGGGGGCAGUGUGGAUUUGGGGGGGUCCCCGGCGGGCUUCUACCCGCGCUUCAACCCCUUCUUCUUCCUGUGCACCCACCACGGCGAGCUGGAGGGGGGCACCGUGGCCGAGGGCACGGGCGAGGUGCUGCUCACCUUGCAGAUCGCCGGCAACCCCUCCGCCUACAUCCCAGGACAGGAGUACCAGGUUACCAUCUCGACCAGCACCUACUUCGACGGACUGCUGGUGACCGGUCUCUACACGUCCACGACCGUCCAAGCGGCACCCAUCCCCGCCCCAGCCGCCUUUGGCUUUGGUGUGAUGUCGGAGCGGCAGUUUGGGACCCAGUUUGUGUGCAGCGUGGUGGCGUCCCAUGUCAGCCACCUGCCCACCACCAGCCUCAGCUUCGUCUGGAUCGCCCCUCCGGCCGGCACCGGCUGCAUCAACUUCCUGGCCACAGCCACACAUCGAGGACAGAUCAUCUUCAAGGACGCCCUGGCCCAGCAGCUGUGUGAGCAGGGAGCUCCCACAGAAUCUCCAGUGAGGCCCAGCUUAGCGGAGGUGCAUGGAACCCACGCAGUGCUCCGAGACGACUUUGACUCCAACCUUCUGGCAGAGCUCGACUUCAGCAUCUGGUCCGAGUGCAGUAACUGUGAGGUGGGGGAGCAGUGUGGUGUUCUGAUGCACGGCAGAACGGUCACCUUCUGCGAGCCGUUCGGACAGAGAGAUCUGACCAGCGUGCCUCUCAACACCAGCACCGCCUCCGUCCUGCAGUUCGCUCUGGGCUCCGGCUCCUGUCGCUUCAGCUACUCUGACCCCAGCAUCAUCGUUGCGUACAGCCUGAACAGCUCCGAUGACUGGAUCACCCUGGAGAAGAUCAGGGCCCCGUCUAACAGUAGCACGGUGGUGCACCUGCUGCCGAUGCCGCUGGGCUCCAGAGGGGAGGGCGUGCGGCUGCGCUGGGCCCAGGAGCCGAGCUCCAGCCCUGACGGCUACGAGUCCUGCUGGGGGCUGGACAACGUGCUGCUCAUCAACGCCGCCCACAGGCCCAACCUGCUGGAGGACACACUGGACCCUCCCGACACAGCCAACUGGCUCUUCUUCCCCGGCGCCACAGUGAAGCAUGCCUGCCAGUCGGAGGGGAACGCCAUGUACUUCCACGGGGGGGAUGGCCACAGCUUUGCGUCCACACGCGACAUUGACCUGCACCGAGAGGAGGGCCGCAGCUAUUGGGAGGAAGACUUUGAGAACGCACCCAGUGGGUGUGAUCCAGGGUUCAGCGGUCCGGCGUGUGAGCUGGCCUCUCAGACGUUCCCGGCGUUCCUGUCGGAGGGCUUCUCCAGCCCGCGCCUCUCCUCCUACCACAGCUUCUCCUCGCUGCGCGGCGCAGAAGUCAGCUUUGGCUGCGGCGUCCUGGCCAGCGGCAAGGCCCUGGUGUUCAACCGCGACAGCAGGAGACACCUGGUCACCACCCCUCUGGACAGCUCACAGGCCAGGUACCUCCAGUUCACGCUGAGGCUGGGUAGUCGCAGCACACUGAGCUCCUGCCCGGCUCCUGACCAGCCUGGUGAGGGCGUGCUGCUGCACUACUCCUCCGACAACGGUAUCACCUGGACACUGCUGCAGCACUACGCCUACCAGGGCUUUCACGAGCCCAGGAUUGUGUCCGUGGAGCUGCCCCCUGGCGCCCGUAAGUUUGGCGUGCAGUUCCGCUGGUGGCAGCCAUACCACUCGGGGCGCGGGCAGGACGUCUGGGCGCUGGACGAGAUCACCAUGACCUCAGUGCUCUUCAACACCAUCAGCCUGGACUUCAGCAACGUGCUGGACGUCACCCAGAGCCUGGGCUUCUACCUGGGCCACGUACAGCCCUAUUGCGAACAUGACUGGACACUCAGCUUCUCCGGAGAGCCCAGCCCCGGCUCCAGCAUCCGCUACGUGGAGACGCAGUCCAUGCAGAUCGGGGCCUCCUACACGCUGCAGUUCUCCCUGGUCAUGGGCUGCGGCCGCGAGCCCUCGCCCCACAUCGACACGCAGGUGCGCCUCGAGUUCUCCACCAACCACGGACUCACCUGGCACCUGGUCAAAGAGGCUUGUCUCCCAGGGAUGCCCAGCUGCUCUGAGUACACAGCGCCCAGCAUCUACCAUCCCUCAGAGUUCAGCAACUGGAGGAGAAUCACCCUCCCCCUGCCACACAAGACAUGGUCCAGUGCCACGCGGUUCCGCUGGAUCCAGAACUACUACAGCGAGCAGGACGAGUGGGCGCUGGAUGAUAUCUACAUCGGGCAGCAGUGCCCACAGAUGUGCCACGGCCACGGCUGGUGUGACCACGGACACUGCCGGUGUGAUGAGGGCUUCUCUGGGGCCGACUGCCAGCCUACCUCUCAGCUGUCCUCCAGCGUCGUGUCCGACUUCGAGUCUCAGGACACCCUGCUGUCCACCUGGCAGGAGGUGAUUGGUGGAGAGGUCAUGACCCCAGAUGAGGGCUGCGGCGUGGUCUCCUCUGGCUCCUCCCUGUACUUCAGCAAGGCUGGACUGAGACAGCUGGUGAGUUGGGAUCUGGACACCGAGUGGGCGGAGUUUGUGCAGUUCUACCUGCGCGUGGGCGGGGAUUGGGCAGAGUGUAACCAGGCGGAUAGCCGCGAGGAGGGAGUCCUGCUGCAGUACAGCAACGAUGGGGGCAUCAGCUGGGGUCUCAUCGCCGAGAUGUACUUCACCGACUUCACCAAACCCAGAUUUGUCCACUACGAGCUGCCCCUGGCGGCUAAGACGCCCUGCACCCGCUUCCGCUGGUGGCAGCCACUCCACUCGGGCGAGGGCUACGACCAGUGGGCCAUCGACGACAUCAUCAUCCUGUCGGAAAGAGAGAAGCACAUCAUCCCCAUGGCCAACCCCACCCUCCCUCAGAACUUCUAUGAGAAGCCGGCGUUCGACUACCCGCUGAACCAGAUGAGCGUGUGGCUGAUGCUGGGCAACGAGGGCAUGGAGAAGGAGCACAAUGGCAGCUUCUGCGCGCCCACGCCCUCCGCCAUGGUGUUCGGACGCUCCGAUGGCGACAGGGUGGCCGUGACCCGGGACCUGGCACUCCGGCCUGGAUACACCCUGCAGUUUAAGCUGAACAUUGGCUGUGAGUCCCAGUUCAGCACGUCGGCCCCGGUGCUUCUGCAGUACUCCCAUGACGCUGGACGCACCUGGGCACUGGUGCGGGAGGGCUGUUACCCAGGAUCCCCUGGGGUCGGGGGCUGCGAGGGCAGCUCUCGGGAGCUCCGGGAGCCCACCGUCUACAACACUGGGGACUACGAGCGCUGGACCAGAGUCACCGUGGUCAUCCCCCGCAAUGUGGCCGCCAGUAAAACGCGGUUCCGCUGGUUCCAGGAGAGCAGUGUGCAUCGCGACGCUCCGGCCUUUGCUCUGGACGGCGUCUACAUCUCCGAGCCGUGCCCCAACCACUGCGGCGGCCACGGGGACUGCAUCUCAGGGGUCUGCUUCUGUGACAUGGGCCACACGGUGGAGCAGGACAGCUGUGUGCCAGCCGUGGCCAGUCCCACAGAGCUGGCCGAGGGCUUCGAGGGGAAGCUGAGCCCGCUGUGGCAGAGCCUGAGUGGGGGACAGAUCGGCAGCGGCUGUGGCUCCAUCAGCGAGGGCAAGGCCCUCUACUUCAGCAGCUCCGGGCGGAGAGAGGCCCGCACCGUCCCCCUGGACACCACCAACACACGGCUGGUUCAGUUCUACAUCCGCAUUGGAUCAAAGAGCCUUGGAGCCACUUGCACUCGCCCUCGCUCCCGCAACGAAGGGGUGAUCGUCCAGUUCUCCACCAACAACGGUGUGCAGUGGCACUUCCUGCGCGAGCUGGACUUUAGCUCCUUCCUGGAGCCCCAGGUGGUGACCAUUGAGCUACCGCCCGCUGCCAAGACCCCCUACACUGCCUUCCGCUGGUGGCAACCUCAGCAGGGUAAGCACUCGGCCCAGUGGGGCCUAGACGAUGUCCUGAUCGGGAUGAAUGACAGCAGCAGGGCUGGCUUCCACGACAAGUUCGACGGCACGUCCCCGCUCAGACACAACUGGUACCGCGUACAGGGCGGCGAGGUGGCCAUGGACUGCCUGUCCCUGGACACAGCCCUCGCCUUCAACUCCGAGACCAGUGACAAGAAACCCCGUUAUGCGGAGAGCUGGGAUUUUGAGGUGUCCGGCUCGUCCUUUCUGCAGUUUGACCUGAGCAUGGGCUGUAGCAAGGCAGUGAGCCCGGCCCACGGCGUGCGCCUGGAGUUCUCCACCGACUGCGGCCGCCACUGGAGCCUGCUGACCCCCGAGUGUGUGCCGCCCGCCAUCGGCUGUGCCAGCUACACCCAGAGCUCCAUCUACAGUGCCCCCCAGUACGCACGCUGGAGGAGGGUCACCGUCUACCUGCCCAGCGCUGCCAACUCCCCCAGGACGCGGUUCCGUUGGAUCCAGCCCCACUUCACCCCUGGGGCGGACGGCUGGGCUCUGGACAAUGUGCUGCUGGCGCCGGGCUGCCCCUGGAUGUGCUCUGGCCACGGCCUGUGUGAUAACGGCCGCUGUGUCUGUGACCGGGGUUAUGGCGGUGCCCACUGCGUGCCCCUGGCCCCGCUGCCCUCCGUGCUGAGGGACGACUUCAACGAGAACCUGCAGCCGGAGCAGUGGCCAGAGGUGUACGGGGCGGAGCGAGGCACUCUCAGCGGAGAGCCGCUCAAGUCCGGCACCGCCCUCAUCUUCAAAGGGGAUGGUCUUCGCAUGCUGGUGUCACGAGAUCUGGACUGCACCAGCACGCUGUACAUCCAGUUUUCAUUCAAGUUCAUCACCAAAGGUGUCCCAGAGCGCUCCCACUCUGUGCUGCUGCAGUACUCGGUGAAUGGCGGCAUCAGCUGGAACCUGCUGGAUGAGUUCUACUUCCCCACCUCCACGGACACGCUGUUCCUGCACCUGCCCCUGCCCGCCAGCGCUCAGACCAACGCCACACGCUUCAGAUUCUGGCAGCCCUACAACAGCGGAAAAAAGGAGGAGGUGUGGGUGAUUGAUGACCUCAUCAUCGAUGGCAGCUCCCUCAACAACCCUCCUGUGCUAUCAGAGAGCUUCGAGGCGGGGCCUCAGGAGUACAACUGGCUCUUCUUCCCCGGGGGCAACACUGGACUCUACUGCCCCUACCAGAAGGGCGGCAUGCAGGAUGACUCGGUCAUGGUGUUUUUGUCCAGUGAGCUGGGCGAGCACUCCAUCACCACCAGGGACAUAGAUGUCAAUGAGAACACCAUCAUCCAGUUUGAGAUUAACGUGGGCUGCACGGCGGAGAGCUCCUCCUCUAACCCGGUGAGUCUGGAGUUCUCGCGGGACUUUGGUGCCACCUGGCACCUGCUGGUGCCCCUGUGUGCGGGCGGCCCCCAGCCCAGCUCGCUGUGCUCCACGGAGCUGCACCCCGCCAGCGUCUACUACCCUGGCACCACCCAGGGCUGGAGGCGCGAGGUCAUCCACUUCGGCAAACUGCGCCUCUGCGGGUCAAUACGCUUCCGCUGGUACCAGGGCUUCUACUCGGGCGGAGUGGCGCCCCCUACCUGGGCGCUGGACAACGUCUACAUCGGGCCGCAGUGCCAGGACAUGUGCAACGGACAUGGGGCAUGCGUGCGGGGCACACACUGCCUGUGCGACCCGGGCUACUCCGGGUCCGACUGCUCGGCGCCCGAGACGCCCAACCCCGACUUCCUGAAGGAGGACUUCGAAGGGGGUGCGUUGCCUUCAGAGCGCUUCACACUGCUAAGUGGAGGGAAGUCCUCUAGGAAGUGUGGCAUUAUGACCAGUGGAAACCACCUGUUCUUCAGCGAGGACGGCCUGCGCAUGCUGGUCACUUCUGAUCUGGACCUGUCCAACGCAAGGUUUGUGCAGUUCUUCCUGCGUCUGGGCUGUGGGAAGGCGGCCCCUGACCCGCGUUCUCAGCCCGUGCUGCUGCAGUUCUCGGUGGACGGCGGGCUGACCUGGAGCCUGAUGCAGGAGUUCCUCUACAGCAACAGCAGCAACCAGGCGCACCUGGUGGCCCUGGAGAUCCCGCUCCGCGCCCGCACCCAGGCCACACGGCUGCGCUGGUGGCAGCCCUCCGAGAACGGACACUUCCACAGCCCCUGGGUCAUCGACAAGGUGGUGGUGGGUGGCAGUGCCAGUGGCUGGGGCCCUCUGGAGGACGACUUCUCGUCCACUGACGGGCGCUCGUGGCUGCUGCACCCGGGCGGUACGCGCAUGCCCGUGUGCGGCUCAGACGGCGAGGCCUUCGCCUUCAUCGAGAAGUCCAACACGCGCUACGGCGUCACCACCGACAUCAGCGUGGGCCAGGACGCUUUCAUCCAGUUUGACUUCUCCGCCUCCUGCUCUGUCACCAACUCCUGCUACUCUAUUGAGCUGGAGUACUCCCUGGAUCUGGGUCUGUCAUGGCAGCCGCUGGUGAGGGACUGUCUGCCCACGAGUCCAGACUGCUCCUCCUACACCCUGCAGAGAGUGCUGGUCUCCGACACCUACAACAAGUGGGGCCGAGUGACCAUUCCCAUCCCCACUUAUGCCAGGUCUCCAGCCACACGGUUCCGCUGGUUCCAGGAGGCCCCCUUCGACAAGCAGCAGACCUGGGCCCUGGACAACCUCUACAUCGGAGACGGCUGCCCAGACAUGUGCUCUGGCCACGGACGCUGCAAGCAGAGCUCCUGUGUGUGUGACCCAGAGUGGGGCGGUGAGUACUGCGACGAGCCCCAGGUGCAGCUGCCCACCCAGCUGAAGGACAGCUUCAGCCGCGCCCCCCGCUCUCACCACUGGCACCUGCUGACCGGUGGCAAGCUGAGCAGCGUGUGUGGAGCCGUCGCGUCAGGAGCCGCGCUGCACUUCAGCGGGAGCUGCACACGCCAGCUGGUCACUGUGGACCUGAACCUGACCAACGCUGAGUUCAUCCAGUUCUACUUCAUGUACGGCUGCAUGAUCCCACCUAGCAACCGCAACCAGGGCGUGCUGCUGGAGUUUAGCCUGAACGGGGGCAUCAGCUGGAGUCUGCUCAUGGAGAUCUUCUAUGACCAGUACAGCAAACCCGGCUUUGUGAAUGUGCUGCUGCCCCCUGCUGCCCGGCAGGAGGGAGUGCGCGUGCGCUGGUGGCAGCCACAGCAUGAUGGUGCUGACCACGGGGACUGGGCGCUGGACAACGUGCUCGUCUCCGGCUCGGACUCACGCGCCCACAUUUCUGACACCUUCGGCGGCGUGGCCCUGCCCAACCACGAGAGGGCGCCAGCUGACGGUACGCCGUCCAGCCGCAGUUCCACUGAAGAGAUCGAGGCCAGCACAGUGGCUGACCACUGGCUUUUCUCAGAGGACUGUGCGGUGGAGCGCUUCUGCAACUCCCCGGACGGCGUGAUGGCGUGUGGCAAUGUGGAUGGCCGAGAGGUGUACGCCAUCACUCAUGACAUCAUCCCUGACAAGGGCUGGGUUAUGCAGUUCAAGAUUGCUGUAGGCUGCUCACUGCCUGAGAGACACGCCGAGAGGCAGGUCCACGUCCAGUACUCGGUGGACUUUGGCGUGACCUGGAAGUACCUGGUGCCCCAGUGCCUGCCGGCUGACCCCAGGUGCGGUGGCCAGGUCUCCCAGCCCUCCGUCUUCUUCCCUGCCGAGGGCUGGAAACGGGCCGUGUUCCCCCUGCCCGACAAUUUGGCCGACACGGCGGUGCGUUUCCGCUUCUUCCAACAGCACUCGGACAUGCAGUGGGCGGUGGAGAACUUCUACAUCGGGCCGGCGUGCGAACGCCACUGUGGGGGUCAUGGCGACUGCCUGGACCAGCGCUGCCUGUGUGACCCCGGCUUCUCUGGACCCAACUGCUAUGCCAGCUCACCCCUCAAGGCCUCUCUAAAGGAGCGCUUUGACUGGGAGGGCACCCACGGGCCUCAGUGGCAGGUGCUGGAGGGCGGGCACCCCUGCACCGACUGCGGGGUGCUGGUGGAGGGCACCGCGCUCUACUUCGGCGGGGCCGACGCCAGGCAGGCUGUAACGGCCGACCUGGAUCUCCGUGGAUCCAAGUUUGUGGAGUACUGGGCCAGGAUUGGCAGUGAGGACAACAUGACCAUGUGUCACCGGCCCACCUGCCGCAGGGAAGGGGUGCUGCUGGACUACUCCACCGACGGAGGCGUGUCCUGGACCCUGCUGCAUGAGAUGGACUAUCUGAAGUAUGUGACGGUGCGGCGCGAUUACAUCGUUCUCCCAGAGGGGGCGCUGACCAACGCCACACGCCUGCGCUGGUGGCAGCCCUUUACCGUGUCCUCAGGACUGGCCACGCCCAGUCUGGAGCGUGCCCAGUGGGCCCUGGACAACAUCCUGGUGGGGGGGUCGGACAUCAACCCCAGCAUCCUGCUGGACACGUUUGAUGAUGAGGGAGUUUCUCAUGAGGAGAGUUGGAGUUUCUACCCCAAUGCAGUGCGCACGGCCGGUUUCUGUGGCAACCCCUCCUUCCAUCUGUACUGGCCCAACAAAAACCAGGAUGGAACCCAUAACAUCCUGGCCACCCGGGAACUCAUCGUCCAGCCCGGCUACAUUCUGCAGUUCAAGAUUGUGGUGGGCUGUGAAGCGGACACAUGUGAAGACCAUCACUCUGUACUUUUACAAUACAGGAAGGAUGCCAGGUCAGACUCAUGGCAGUUGGUACAGUCCGCAUGCCUCCCCUCCUCUGUCAACAACGUGGGCUGCUCCCCCUUCCAGUUCCAUGAGGCCACCAUCUACAGCCCAGUCAACAGUUCAGUGUGGACCAGGGUCACCGUCCAGCUCCCUGACCAUGUGUCCUCCGGAGCAACGCAGUUCCGUUGGAUCCAGAAGGAGGGCGCUGGUGAGCGACAUGGCUGGGGAGUGGACCAUGUCUACAUUGGCGAGGCCUGCCCAAACCUCUGCAGCGGGCAUGGGUACUGCACGACCGGAGCUGUCUGCAUCUGUGACGAAGGCCAUCAGGGUGACGACUGCUCGCUGUCCAGCACGGACCUGCCCAGCUCGGUGAAGGACAACUUUGAGUCGGGCACGGUGUCCCAGGAGAGCUGGAGCCUGAUCCAGGGCGGGGGUGUGGGCAGUGGCUGCGGCCAGCUCUCCCCCCACGCCCAUGGGGACUCGCUCUACUUCAACGGCUGCAAGAUGAGGCAGGCCGUCACCAAGCCCCUGGACCUCACCAGAGCCAGUAAGAUCAUGUUCGUGCUGCAGAUCGGCAGCGUGUCCCAGACGGACAGCUGCAACACGGCGCUGGAGCAGGAGGACGCAGUGGACCGGGCCGUGCUGCUGCAGUACAGCAUCAACAACGGGGUCAGCUGGCACGUCAUCGCCCAACACCAGCCCAAAGACUUCAUCAAGGCCCAGAGAGUCUCCUACAACAUCCCCCUAGAGGCGCGUGUGAAGGGGGUGCAGCUGCGAUGGUGGCAGCCGCGGCAUGACGGAGCGGGCCAUGACCAGUGGGCGCUGGACCACGUGGAAGUCGUCCUAGUCAGCACCCGCAAACAGAACUACAUGAUGAACUUUGCCAGGCAGACCGGACUCCGUCACUACUACAACCGGAAGAGGCGGGCACUGCGGCAGCGCGCCUAGAACCCAAUAGGUCAACAGCAAGGUUCUGACCUGCCAAUCACACAUAAACCUGCACACCACAUCUUUUCCUUGUUGACAUAGCAACUACGCCCUGUCGAAUCCCACCCUCCAGUGGAUUCCAGUCAGCCUUAGACCAUCCCACCCUCUCUUUGACAGACACAUGGGCCAUCCAAUCCGUUUUUUCAGCUGCAGCCAAUCAAAGCCUUCUAAAGGAGGUUCACAGGAAGGAGAAGAGCAACAACAGAAGUGGCCAUUUUGUUUACCUUGUUCAUGGACUCUCGAGUUUGUUUUUUAUUGAUUAUUGCUGUUGAUAUUUUUAUUUCUCCUGUUCAAGUUGUGAUAAUGCCCCCAUCUCCUGGCUCUGUCCCUCUCACCCUUCCUCCUAACACACUGUGAAGUUCUAUGAUAUCACUGGUCAUGGUGAUGAUGAAGAUGAUGACGAUUAUGAUGAUGAUGAUGAUGAUGAUGAUGAUGAUAGUUAUGAUGAAGAGGAGGAUGAUAGUUAUGAUGAAGAGGAGGAUGUGGCUGUGGAGUUUUGACUGAGCUGGAGCAGACAUCUCCAGCAGUCUGAUCCCGGGGCCCAGAGGAAGUGAAAGACCACGGCAAAGUGUUGAAGCAGUGUUAAAGAAGGAUACCAGUGAUGAAGAUGUGUUGAAGAAGGAUACCAGUGAUGAAGAUGCUAUAAAGAGUACUGUGUUUCUUGCUGUUCUGUGUGUCUGUGGAUUAUUUUUUGUGAUGAGUUGACUGUGGUGUUGCGUUCAUUCGUUGAUUAGUUUUAUACUAAUUCUGAUACUUUUGGGGUUUGUUUACUUUCUAUCGUUUAUCCGGGAUGGAUGAAUGAGGGCCGAGGGGAAGCCCACGCCUCGGGAGCGUUAAGAAGGAAGGAACGAAAUACAGGGGGGACAAAAAAAGAAGAAAAAAAAACACAAAAAUAAAGAC